AUGGCGCCACGGUUGACGUUUAUGGACCUUUCGGUCGAUCUGAAGACGUUGAUAGUCCAGCAUAUCAACCGCCCAACCGACCUCAAGAACCUCUGCCUCACCUGCAAACAACUCCACGAGAUCACCGUCCGCCAACUCUACUACGAAGUAACCCUUGACGUCGGUUCACCCCACGACACGCGCCUCGCAGCCUUCCUCAACCCCAAGAACAUCGGCCUACAACAUGUCCGGAAGCUAGACCUCUACCUCGCAGAUGUCCUGGACAAAUGCAACCAGCAGCAACAAGCCAACUUUGCUAUUCGCAUGAUCUUGGAGUUGCUACCAGAGAACCAGCUGGAGAAAUUCUCGUGGCACCCGUGGUCGCCGUUCUCUGGAGACAACCUGGUGCUGCUGUACAAGAAGCAGAAGCGCAUGCGGUGGAUGGAAAGCAUUUCGCUGGAUCGCAAUGUACUGCCAGAACUACAGAAGCUGCCGAAUAUCGAAACGUGUUUCCAGGAAGUACGGAAGCUUGGACUAUACCCAGACUCACGCGAAGUGCUGGACUUUUGUCACUUCCUGUUGAAGAAUGUGGCUGGGCGCAAGCUGGAGAAGAUCACGCUGCAUGCGAGCUUCGAUGAGAUGGAUCCGACCGUUACUAUGCGCGAGCUGAAUGAUACGGUCAAUGCGCCUGGACUCAUUACUUCGACCAUGUUCAGCCAUAUGCAGCCGUUCGCAAAGUGCACGCCGAUCACACUCAAUGAAAUAACGCUACAAAAGCUUCAUCUGCGCUAUGCUUCGGAAACAUACUGCAAGUUGAUUGACUUCCGGUCUAUCAAGAGCAUCCGCAUCUUCGGCUGCUCUGGUGCUGAUGCUCUCUUUGCAGAGCUCAGCAAAAGCUCGAAGCUGCCCGACAAGCUGGAGACACUGGAGUUCAAACACGAUGAUAACGCAGAAAACGACGGCUUAGGCGCUAUCGACGGCUUCCUCGUUCUCGUCUCGGGUAUCGAGACGCUCACUCUUGACCUCACUUACGUCAAGGCCUUACCAGCCGCCGCCGGCAUCGUGCGCCACAGCAAAACACUCAAAAGCCUCAACGUACACGCGAGCACCGGUCCCGACAGCUGCGACGAUGAGCUCGUCUACGACUACGCCUCCUUCUCACAGAUCUGCAAAGACUGCACACUGCUGGAGCAGAUCUCUGUGGCCUUUCCCGGCGUGAGCGUCAUCCGCAGCAAGAACGACAGCUUCGUCAACUUCGAGAACUGCCUUGGCGACUUGCGCAAUCUGGCGACUCUCAAUAUCACCACCUGGCCUACCAACAGCCCUUCAUCGACUAAGCUACCACGCAAGAUCUACGAACACUUGCUUGCUGGCUUGGCACAGCAGGGCUUCGACCGCAGCGCCGCCCAUGCGAAGGAGAAGGAUAGGAGUUCGAAGUUGGGUAUCAUCGCGUUUGGUUCGUCGGAUAAGGUGUACGACCGCGAGGAUAGCCAGAACCAGAUUAUCUUUGUCAAAGGCCGUCAAAUCGACCCACUCGGUAACGAAACCUCGACGGCGGUGCAGAUCGGAUGGUGUUUGCGCAAAUUUAUCGACGCGGGUUCCAAGUCGGAUAUCUUGGACUUUUCGCUGUCGCGUAGUUCGCGGCCGCCAGCGAGGAGCUCGCCGGAUAGCGAUGAUAGCGAUUGA